AUGCUCGGACAAAAGCAGAGCGAUUCGCCAACUGACAGUUCAGGCCGAACUCACGGCAGGCAUUGUGAGUCACAUUCUAAAGAAAUUGCACCAUCGCACGGUAACCUAAAUUUCGUUAAUUUCUCGUACAAUUGGCUCCCGCACGGGCAGGGUGCCUGUGAAACAUAUCCCGGUGGAACGUUUGCGGCGUAAAGGUGGCAUGAAUCCGCCCCACAAUUCAUCCCUUUUUGCAGUUGGAUAAGGAAACGGAGCAAGAAAUCCCCCCAACUUCGCAGUGAGCAUUGAAAGUGAGGUUAAGGCGAAGUGCGUAGUGCCGUCAGUCGCGCGUGGUGUUUACAAUUUGUGUCGUGCGGUGAGAACUGCCCUCACGCGGUGCUGGUGAUAUGGUAGUUUGUGGACGGUGGUCAACAGUGCCGUAGUCGGUUAGAGCACACACUCGCACGCUCCCCACAGGACACACAUACACGCGCGCAUACACAUCCGCGAUGGCUUCGCCGUUGGAUCAGGCGGAGAUACUGAGCGGCACCGAUCUGUCACGCAUCUUUCAGCUAUGGGACGAGAAACAUUCCAUACCCGGGUACGAUCCGGAACCGAUCGUGACCCGGCUGGCCGAACUGUUCGAGACGGAAAUGGAAGCGUACCGGAUGAAGGAUCCGGACCCGUUCGACGAGCGGCACCCAUCGCGCACCGAUCCGAACUGCGAGCUGGGCCGGAUGCUGAAGCUGCUCUUCCGGAAGGAUCACUUCAUCACGCGGCUGGUGAACGACUAUCUGCGUGACAACUUCUUCACCCGCCAGAAUGUGCAGCAAAGCUCGCACGCGCUAAAUGUGGCCGCCUGCCGGCUGAUACUGGUCAUCAUGCCCGGGCUGGACACGUCGGCCGUCUUCCAGGUGGAGUACGACCAUCUGAUCAAGCGGCUGUACAGCUGGGCGGAAUCGAGUCCCGAGCCGCUGCAAAGCUACGCUACCGGGCUGCUGGGAGCAGCUAUGGAGGAGCAGGAGAUAGCGGUGAGCUUUCGGGAGCAGAACAUCCGGCUACUGCCGGUGAUGCUGAACCGGUUGCAUCGGCUGCAGCAGGCCCAUCUUCAAACCACCCCCAAAACCACCCCAUCGUCGAGGGCAAACUCGCCGAGGGCUCUGAACUCGCCUUCGCCAAUGCUGAGCGCUGUCACACUAUCGUCCCCCGCGGAAAAGACACAACCGGAGGGGGGUGACGAGGAGGGGAUGAGCGAGCUGGUGGAAAAAGUGGAAGAGGCAGAACCGUCAACAUCAACGUUCGAUACCGCCGACGCAUCGGCGGACAGUGCAGAACCGGAAAAUGCAGCAGAUCCUAGCAGCAACGAAAAUCGCAUGGAGAUCGAGGAGGGCGAACAGAACUCACAAGCGUCCCGGGCGGCGGGCGGUUCGCGCGCCAUCAUGAUCCCGUACUUUCCGGUGACGGCGGCCACCAGCCAGAUGCUGAUCCUGAACUAUCUCACACCGAUGGGCGAGUACCAGGAGUUCCUGCCGCACGUGUUCGAGCACAACGCAAUGCAGCUGAUCUUUCGCUAUAUCGAGCAUCUCGACCCGAAGGACACCUGUCUCGCGUUCGAGGCGCUCAAGUAUCUCGCCUCGCUGCUGUGCCACAAGAAGUUUUCGCUCGAGUUUAUUGCGAACGGUGGGCUGGAGCGGUUGCUGAAAAUCCCGCGGCCGAGUCUGGCCGCGACCGGCGUGUCGAUUGCGUUCUACUAUCUCGCCUACUGCGAGGACGCGAUGGAGCGCAUUUGUCAGAUGCCGCGCGACAUCAUCACGGAGAUGGUGUCGUACGCGCUCUGGCUGCUCGGCUGCCCGCACGAUUCGGGCCGUUGCCAUGCGACGAUGUUCUUUGGGCUGAGCUGCCAGUUCAAGAUCAUCCUGGACGAGUUUGACAAGCAGGACGGCAUACGGCGGCUGUACAACGUGAUUGCGGUGCUGCCGCUGCUGGUCGUGUCCGACGACUACCAGAUGAACGAGGACGAGGAGGCGGCAGAGCGGCAGGUCAUCCGGCACGUCUGCAUCGCGCUGAAGAAGUACUUCGAGAACCACCUGUACUACAAGUACAUCCAGGUGACGCGCCAGCAGGAGCCGUCCGGUACGCUGACGCAGCCCGUGUUCAAGGCGGUCAAAAACCCACCGGAGGUGAUCAGUCAGCAGAUUACCACGCUACAGGAACUGCUCCCGAUGAAGGCUCACUGGGCGCCGGUGGACGAGCUGCUGAAGCUGGGCGGUGUGCAGCUGUUGCUGCGCAUCAUACUUCUAACGUUCGAUUGGAGUUACAGUGGACGUGGUGAUACGGUACGCUAUGCGCUGGAUGCGCUGAGCGUCUGCACCGUCAUAUCGCGCGUCCACAGCGUGUUUGUCGAGCCGGUGCGGCAUCACGAUGGCAUAUCGACAGGCAUCAGCAUCGUGCUGAGUGCCGUGGAAGGCGAUGUGGCCGAUGCGGAGGUACAGAAGUCGGCCCUCGCCCUGCUGGUGCAUCUGGUAUGCGCACCGAUCCAUCGUCCGAGCGGCUCGCUGGCACGGUACGGUUCGGCGAAGAAGCGUAUGCCGAACAAAAGCUCCGAAGAGCUGAUCCAGAAGGUGUGGGAGAGCGUGCGCUCGAACAACGGCAUUCUGGUGCUGCUGGCGCUGAUGCGCAUCAAGGUGCCGAUCACGGACGCGGACUGCAUACGAGGGAUGGCGUGCCGUGCGUUGGCUGGGCUGGCGCGGUCGGAAACGGUGCGGCAGAUCGUCGGCAAGCUGCCACUGUUCGUGCAUGGCGAGUUGCAGAGUUUGAUGCGCGAUCCGAUACUACAGGAGAAGCGGGUAGAGCACGUGCAGUUCCAAAAGUACGCACUCGAGCUGAUGGAGCGCGUAUCCGGCAAGGUGGACACGUUCGGCAAUCAGGUAGACACGUCCCUGUCCGACAUCCACAAGGCGAAUGUGGUCGCCCAAACGCGUAUCCAGUUCAACGAGCAGCAGCUGUAUCAGCUGAUCUACCAGCACCUGAUCGCGAGCGGGCUGAAGGAGACGGCCAGCACGCUGGUGAAAGAGUCCGGGCUGAGUGCGAGCCUGUUCCAGCAGUUGCCGAACCCACCAGCGUCUGCCUUAUCGCGCUCGGCCGCCUCCCUUCACUCGCCGUUCGUCUUCCGGUCGCCCAACACCAACAUUAUGCAGCGGUCGCGCAUCCGCAGCCGCACGGUCGAUGCGUCCUUUAACGCGUCCACGGCGCAGGCUAAUCUGCAGGCGGCGCUGGCCGCUGUAAGCAACGAAAGCAACGGCAACGGUACUCCUAACCUGCCGGGCGGUGCCAAUGGGCAUGGCGGUGUUGCUGCCACGCCGGAACCGAUGAACGAAGGCAACGGCAGCCCCACGAUCGAUCCGGCGGAACCACUCGCACCGAUUAAGCUGAUCAAAAAGCACACCGGCUCGUCGACCGGCGGCAGCCAGAACGGGCAUCAUCCGGCGGCUAACCGGGUCGCCGCGACGCCGGUCGAUAUGAACCGUUCGACGACGUCCACCACCUCCCAGCGCUCGCUGCAGAAGCAGAUCUCGGCGACGGAUGCGACCAACUUCCUGCUGCUGGCGACAGCCAGCUCCAAAACGCUACCAAGCGAGCUUUCCACAACCGCGAACAACAACAUAACGCUGCACUCGAUCAUCACCGAGUAUUUGACGAAUCAGCACGCGCUCUGCAAGCACCCGAUGUCCACCUGCCCUCCGUUCGAUCUGUUCAAGCCCCACAAGUGUCCGGAUCCGCGGCCGAACCGGGUGUCCGGGUGUGGAAACAACUUUGCCGCCCGGUUUUACCGGCGCCAGGCUGGGUUCGCGUCGCGCCGGUUCGACCGUCGGCUGGUGCAUUCGAACUUUUCCGCCUCGCGGGUACUUCGUACGCCCGAGAUGGACUAUUGCUUUACCUCCUGUGAUUUUACGCCGUGUGGAACAAGGCUCGUUAUCGGAUCGCAAGCGGGUGAGGUGAAAAUUUUCAACCUCAACGACAGCAACGAGGAGCACAGCUACACCUGCCACGAGACGGCCGUAACCUCGACGAAGGUGAGCAAGGACGGCCGGUUGCUGCUCACGACCGCCGUCUGGCGGUACCCAAUAUCGGCGCUGUGGAACUUGGAAGAUAAUCAAAUAUCGGAGAAGCUGGUCUGGGACGAGGAAGAUUACGUAGAGUUUGCCAACAUUACGCCGGAUAGGGUCCUGGCGACGACCAAUCAGAUUGCCACGAUCUACGAUAUCAACACGGGUCAGAAGGUGAUGAAGUUUGAACCGGCCAUUGCCAAUCAAUAUACGAAAAACCGUGCCACGUUCUGUCCAUCGGACGAGCUCAUCCUGUCCGACGGUGUCCUGUGGGAUGUGACGUCCGGCAAGGAGAUCCACAAGUUCGACAAGCUGAACCAAAACAUCUCCGGCGUGUUUCACCCGAACGGGCUGGAGAUUGUGGAAAACACCGAGGUGUGGGACCUGCGCACGUUCCAUCUGCUGCGCACGGUACCGUCGCUGGACCAGACGCACGUCAAGUUUUCCCCCCAGAACGUCAUGUACGGGCUGACGCUGGACAAGGAGGAUGCGGAGAUGGCGGAGAUCGCUGCGUAUCAGACGAGCUUCAAGGUGCUGGACAGUUACGACUAUUCGAGCAUUGCCACGAUCGAUGUGAAGCGCAGCAUUUCCGAUCUGGCGGUCAACCGAUACGGUAGCCAGAUUGCGGUGGUCGAGAACCAGGGCGGGUACAACUCGCUCCAGGAAUCGGUGGUGCGCAUCUACAGCGUGGGUCGGAAGAAAAACAUCGGCGACGAUCAGGACGAGGAGGAGGAGGACAUGGAAAACUCGGAGGAGAACACGAUGUCGGAGACGGAAUCCGUCGUCUUCGGGGAUAUUAGAGACGAUAAUAAUGACAGCAAUGAUGAUGAUGAUGAUGGUGAUGAUGAUGAAGAUGAUGAUGAUGAUGACCUUUCGCAAACAGGUUCCUCUGCAUCAAACAGCGAGGAGGACGGAGAGGAUGACGACGACGACAACGAUGAUGACGACGAGGAUGAUGAUGACGGCGACGGUGAUAACAACAAUGAUGAGGGAGACGAUGACGGUGGCGGUGAUGAUUCGGAUGAUUCGUCCUGGACGACGGCAUCGGAUGUGGAAGAUUAUCUGUUUAGCUACCGUUGAGCAUAAUUAAGCAGCACAGCCGCUCAGCCGCUUGGGUGAGCACCACCGGCCAGACAACAGAGGGUGUUUGUAGUUAGGGUCCCAGAACAGCUCUGUGCGUUUGUAUGUACUGUGUGCGAACGUGUGUACGUGUGUGUGUCGAAUGUCCUUGCUUCGUACAAACGGAAACUAGCUAAGAGUUAGACAUACAGCGACAGAGAAAGAGCGAAUUAGUGAGCGAUAUUUGACCACAUCAUGCUGCAAAACUGUACGGUAGAUCUAGAUGGGUAAUGUUAAUGAACAUAAGCGUAAGUUUCAUCUCAUUUACGCGCCUUAGCAAAUAAUGUGUAUUAUCUUGGCAGGGAAUAGAUCGAGAGAGAAAAAAAAUGGCGAACCGCUGUAGUUUCGGCGGUGAACGCACUUGCUUUCGAGACAGUGAACGCACUUCGUUUUGUUUUGGUUUUGCCCUUCGAAUGUACAGUUAGUUUAAGUUUGAAGAGUGUGAAGUGUAGUAGUGGCGAAUGCUAUGAACGAUUGGUGAAAAGUUAGAGCAAAGCUUCCCAUCCCCUCCUUAAUGUGCGCUCAGAUGCUAUGCCAGAUGCUAUUCCUAAUUCUAACUCUAGUGAUUGCGACUGGGAACGAUCAAUUAGGUAGCGUGCUUCUGGUUCCAGCUAAACUAUCGGUCCGAAUGUGCAUUAUUUAUUUGUUUAAAUUUGUGACCACUUGCAACGGAAACCAUCCCUAACCCCCUCCCAUCCGUCUUUUGCUGCAUGGAAUCCGUGUAUCGUAAUUGUAUACCGUUUAGCCAGUCAGACCGUUUCAGUAGUUUCAUUUGAACGGAUUACUAUACACCCACUCUCGUCACCAAUAGCUGAUAUUUAUAAUAAAAAAAAACGAUGUGUGAAGCUCUGUUUUCACCUAAUCGUAUUCGCGAACACAA